AUGACGGACGUCGAUCCUAGGCUCCUCCCCAAUCGGGUGCGGUGGGCCGCCCUCUUUGCCGUUAAUCUGUUUGUCUUCAUGGGAAAUAUGUACUCGUCGGGCCUUGCAACAGGCUUUGGCUCGUUGGCCGAAUAUUUCCGUAUUGGGGAUUCCCAGUUAUCACCCCUAAUUACUUAUUCAGUCCUGUCCAUGGGAUUGGCUAACCUGGUCUGGAUGCCUCUCGCUCUCUGCUUUGGAAAGCGGCCCACUGUGCUUUUGGCCAUGGCCAUGUUCCUCUGUGGAUGCGUAUGGAGUGCGGUUGCAAAGGACUACAACAGCCUGCUGGGCUCUCGGGUCUUUGCCAGCUUUGGCUAUGGUGCGAUCGAGUCUCUUGGACCCAGCAUUCUCGCAGACAUGUUUUUCGAACGCAACUACGCUAGUGCGAUGGCGCUCUAUGCUGCAGCGUUGUCGGGAGGUUCACAGGUUGGCCCAAUGAUUGCGGGCUUCCUCAUCGAGGCCCGAGGAUGGCGUUGGUUUUUCAUCCUCUGCGCCAUCCUUGCCGCGUUCAACUUUGUUACUGCGAUCGUCUUCCUCCCAGAGACUACCUACGAGUCUGAAGAGGUGCCUGAGCAGGUUGACGAUAUAGAAAAAGAAACCCAAAGCCACAUCGAGGCCGUCCGCGUUCAAUCGCAAGGUGGCGACCACCUCAAGAUGGAUUACGGAGCCCACUGGAAGGGACUGUUCAGCUUCGGCCUCACCAAAGAGGCAAAGGAGAAGGGACUUAUCAAGCACUUGGCCUACCUCUUCCUGCUGCCCUUCCCUCUAUUGCUGGUUCCCGGCGUGUUGAUCGCAUCGAUCAUGUAUGGAGUUGUUCUUGGAGGAGUUGUCGCCAUUUCUACCCUCGCUCCCUCGAUCUUCUCUCCACCACCCUACCUCUUCAGCUCCUCGGACCUCGGUCUGUUCGCCCUCAGCAGUUUCAUCGGUAUUGUCAUCGCCUGGCCCAUCGCCGGACCCAUGACCGAUCUUCUCUCUCGCUGGAUGCGCAAGCGUAACGGCAACGUUCACCAGCCUGAGCACCGUCUGCCUGCGCUGAUACUCCCCUUCCUGGUCUGCCCCGUUGGCCUGAUUGUCUUUGGAUACACCGUCGCACACCAACAGAACUAUAUCCGCCCGGCUGUCGGCUCCGCCCUCUCUGCUGCUGGACUGACCCUGGUCCCCUCUGUGAUGCUCUCAUAUGUCGUGGACGCCUACCCCAGAACGGCCGGCGAGGCCCUCGUCUUGGUCAACACAUCGAAGAAUGUUGUUGCCUUUGGACUGGCUACGGGUGCAUACUCUUGGAUGGAGUCCAAGGGAGUGGAUACGAUGUUCUAUGAAUUUGCUGGAGUUCAAUGGGCAGUGUUGGCAUUGGCUUUGCCUCUCUACCUUGCUGGUCCAUGGCUACGGGCUCGAACCCAGAAUCUGUUUUAG